AAAUUCACGAGGAAAUGUGAAUGUGAUAGAUCAAUUUGAAUCAGACGGUUCUACUGGCUUCCAUUGAGUACUGCAGCUGUUUAUGAAUGGGUUUUGUCACUCUGUCAUUGUAUAAACGUGCGUUAACAUUUUCGUGUAAAAAUCGUCGGCUUUGCGGCUGGUCUAAAGGUUUUUUUGACAGGAAGCUAUCGAAUUUCACGGGCGACUGACUUCUGUGACGUAAAUACGUCUCAAACAUUAUGCAUCUUCCUCGCUCGGUCGCUUCCGUGUUACGAAUUCGCGACCAUCACGACUGCAAAACUUUGCAAACUAUGGAGGAAAAUUCGCCCGAAGACGCACAAGAUGGACGAUUCACCCUCCGAACAGAAGUUAAGAAUUGCAUUCGGCACGUUUACGAAGCUCUGGCAGACGCUAACGGUGCAGACGAAACAGGCAAAGUUGCAAAGUCUAAAUUACAGCUACUUUGUGCUACCAUAAGUAGAGACACAUCGAUUCCCUACCUAGCCGAUGAUCUGACCAACUUCAAAGAGAACGAGACAAGCCUACUGUACACGGAGUUUAUAGAAUAUCUUGAGGAACGAUUGCUCGUAAAAGCAAGUGAGACCAUAGACCAAAGCAAAAUCCAGCAACUCUCAUGGACAAUAGUACAACAAAAAUUCUUCAAGCCAGAAGAACAUGUAUUAUCAGAGGCUGAAGCAUAUGAACAGUGGCUGGUGUUUAACAUCCUCGACAUAGAUGAAGUGUCAAAUGUUCAUAAACAAGAGCUUGGGAUUCUUCUUGAGAAGUUAGUACAUGCCAUUGGAAAAGUUUGGGAUUCAAAGCCACUGGAAGAGUUCUGCAUCGAAGAGGAAAUGACCUUCUGGAAAUAUCUGGAAUGCCUUGAGAAAUGCUAUCUUAAUGGCGUCGAUAAAAGCAUUUACAAAGAGGGGCUGGAUGAGAUGAGGGACUAUGUCAUCCACGAGGUGAUCAAGCAAGGCUACCUUAUCAAGAAGGGUCACAUGGUGAAGUCCAUGAAGGACCGCUGGUUUGUUCUCAAGGCUGGACACCUAUCCUACUUCACCAACCGCAGCUGUAGCGAGAAAAAAGGAGAGAUCAUCGUUACCAAGGAUACCAAAGUGAUAACUGCCGCUGACAGCCGGAAGUACCGGUUUAAUGUGGUAUGUGGAAAAACCAAGACUCACUAUGACCUGGAAGCCAGGGAUCAGAGAACAAGACAGGAGUGGCUUGUCGCCAUCCAGAAAGCUAUAGAUGCAGCUGAGGGACCAAGUGUACAGAAGAAGGAACGCAUGCAAAGAAGAAUAGACCGAAACGAGCAGAGACUCGCCAAGCUGGAAAAAGAACGGAAGGAAAGGGAGCAACAAGAACUGCUCCUCGAGCAACAACGCGAACUUGAGUUGCUGCGACAAAAAUACUCCGAUGCCGAGGCCCAGGCGAUCCUAGAGGCAGAGAAUCUUCAAGAAGAGAAACGGAGACGCGAGGAGCUAGAGAGACUGCACCAAGAGCUCCAAAACAUUCUACUUGCUGAAAAGGAAGCGAGAGAAGCGGAGACAAACGCGCGUGCACUGCAAGAAAAACUGCUGGAGGAAGAGAAGAAAAGAUUGGAGGAGCUCGAGAGGUUGAAGGAGGAGAAGGACAAGAUGCUGGAGGAGGAGUUGAAGAAGCGGGAAACUUUAGAAGAAAAGCAGAAACUGCAAGAUAAGAUACUCGAGGAGGAAAGAAAGAGACUUGAAAAUCUCGAGAAAGAACGCCAAGCAGCUCAACAAGCGAUGCAAGAGGCCCACGAUAAACUCGCAGCUGCUGAGGAAGCCGCCAAGAAAGCGUCCGAAGAAGCCAAGAAGAAAGUGAGAGAAAUAAAAACCUGUUCAGGCCUUGCUCGUCCGAUCGGUCCACACAAUCCAGCUUUUAUUACACACAGAGGGAUUGGAGCUUUCUGCGAGGGAGACUUCGAAAAGAUAGUUAAACAUCAUGAAAAGCUGCCGCCCAGAGUGAUGCCAAAGCCUAAGAAAAAGCCAAACGGAGAGUCAGUUACCGAGGAGGGUGAGGUAAAUAUAGAGGCCGGAAUUGCGAACGAAGAACAGGUCGAGCAAGAAGAAGCUCUUAAUAAUUCCCAAGUAUCGGGUGAGAUUAACCAGGCAGAAGAGGAUGAUGUAGAUAAAGAUAAAGAUGUAGAGGAGAAACCUGCUGAUGCAAUCGUAAAUACAGUUUCUGAUGAUGUCCGAGAAACUGUCCAAUGUGUUAAUACAGUUUCUGAUGAUGUCCAAGAAACUGUCCAAUGUGUUGAUGGCAGUACGUCAAGUGGCCACGAAAUCACACCAUGUAAUGAUGAUGCCAAGCCUCAGGUCGAAGAAAAGUCAGAAGGCGUAGAUGAGGCACCGAAAGGUGAGACAGAUAAAGCUGAAGAAAGCCAACCUAUAGCAUCAGAGAACAAGACAAAUAUAGCAGAGGAAAACCAGUCAGACGUGCCGGAGAGCGGUGAGCAAAAAAAGAGAGAAGAGAAAACACAGGAGACGAAAGCAGAAAGCACUAGCGUACAAGACGAAGCCACGGAAUAGCUGAGAGUAAACAAGAGACUAAGGCAGUAGACUCACUUGUGCUAGGGAAACCAAACCACGACUAUACCAGUGACUAUAGAUACUCAUUCGGUUAGUCAUCGAGUAGAAUAAUAAGGUUUGAGGUUCCUCUUGUGUGUAUUUCGAACGUUGGAAUACUGGUGGAUACCGGGGGGGGGGGGGGGGGGGGGUUAAAAAGUAGACGGGGACGUGAUCGCCAGCUCUUUUAUGGUAUAAAAUUUGGACCAACUGCCACCCCUUAGGGUGUGUUGAAGGAUUUUUGAUUUUUCCGAUUUUGUCAUCUCUUAGGGUAUAACAGUCGACCAUCUACUAUUCUUAAGGUGAUGUUUAACGUUUUUUCCGAUUCUGUUAUCUCUUAAAAUAAUCCUUCGACAACACCCAAUUUGCUAUAUCUCAGGGGUAUUUGCCGACGAUCAUCCCCGUCUGUUUUUAUCUGUGUCUGUGUUUAUUCCCCCUCGGGAGUGGAUACUGAAAUACACUUACAUACGUGUUUGUCAGAAUAUGUUCUUAGUUGAAACUUUCAUGGGAAGGUUCGCGAUGUAUAGUUAUCAAACAUUUGGUUUGUAUGAGAAACAAGAUUUUUUUGGCUAAUUUAAAUGUUAUAACUGGCUCUUUUAUAAAUGAUGUUUAGUUGAGUUCUUGAAUAGGUUCUUCAAGAAGUGAUGGAUGCAAACAUCCGUGACAAUACAUUAUGUCCCAAAAAGACUUAAUGAUGUCCUAGGGCACUCUCACAAUGUGAUAAAAGUUGUAUUUAAAAAAAAUAUAUAUAUGGGCUGUACUUUGCUGCUGAACUUUGUUUGACCGGCUAUACCAAAAAUUAAAAAUAAGGGGAAGAGGAGCUCUUUUGGUCUGCUUUUGUUCUUUUUUUGGUGUAAAUUCUGUUAAAAAAUUGGUGUCAAUAAAUUAAAGCCAAAAACAUG